AUGGUGGCAGGUGCGGCAGCGGCAGCGGCAGCGGCGGCGGCAGCGCGGGGAGCUAGCGCGCGGGGCGGAGGCUGGAAGGAGCCGCAGCGGGCGGGGGAGGGCGGGAGAGGGGAGGGACCUGCGGCAGGCGCCCACCGAGAGGGGGCGCUGCGGUGCGCCGGCGCGCACCGGGCGCCCGGCCUCGGGCCCGAGAACGAACGACCAGGACCCGACGGCGCGGACCGGGUGGACAUGGCCUGCGGGGCCCACAGGAGACUCAAUAGCCUGACCUGGCCUCUUCAACUGACUCUGGCAUGUUCCCUGCUGGGGGCUUGUGGAGGGAGCCGCCUGCUGAUCCAAGGGCCCUGUUGCCCCAGCAAGAUGGACACACCAAAGAUGUCUGGCUGUGAGGUGACGAGCCCCAGGUGUGAAUCCUUCCAGGGACACCUCCAGCGUGCCCUCCAGAGUCAUUUCCGCUGGCCACUCUGCGCGGAUCUCUGUGAAAACUGGUUCACCACCUGUGAAGCAGACAUCACCUGUGGCCCGACGGGGCUUUCCCUCGCAGAUAGAAAAGGCUGUGAGCCUGGCUGCCCAACGUAUGGGCAGACCUUCGCUGACGGCGCCGAUCUUUGCCGCUCUGUCCUGGGCUACACUGUGCCGGUGGCACCUCCUGGAUCCCGUCACUGCCUCAACAUCUCUGUCCCGGUACUGCCGCGACCCAGACCCAGGCGGCGGGCCCGGGAAGCCGCCUCCCGGCGCCCUCGCACCUUGGCGAUGCUGGAUCCGGCUGCCAGUGGGAGUGGGAGUGGCAGUGGCAGUGGCCCCUAG